GAGAGGCCAGGCCAGACUUCCUUAUUCUCUCUUAUCUGAAACUAGAGACGGUUGUCAAAGCAAAAGCUAAAUCAUCUUCCUCUCGUCACCAAUCAAAUGGCGUCUUUGUCUUCAAUGCAGAUGGUUCACACUUCUCAGAUUGGUGUUAAGUCGCAGUUAGUUUCUUCUGCAAACCGAACAUCUCAAUCAGUUUCCUCUGGUUCUGCAUUGUCCUCGAGACUACACUAUGCAGCAAGUUUCCCUCUCAAGAAGCACUUCUCAGGAGCUUAUGCGACCAUCAAGAACCAGAGAACAGCUUGUGUUAAAUCAAUGGCAGCUGAGGAAGAGGAAGUGAUAGAACCUCAGGCUAAAGUGACGAACAAGGUUUACUUUGAUGUUGAGAUUGGUGGUGAAGUCGCUGGAAGGAUUGUGAUGGGUCUGUUUGGUGACGUCGUGCCCAAAACCGUUGAAAACUUCCGUGUCUUGUGUACUGGUGAGAAGAAGUAUGGAUACAAAGGUUCUUCUUUCCAUCGUAUUAUUAAAGAUUUCAUGAUCCAAGGAGGUGACUUCACCGAGGGAAAUGGUACUGGAGGAAUUAGUAUCUAUGGUGCCAAGUUUGAAGAUGAAAACUUCACUUUGAAGCAUACUGGACCUGGAAUCUUGAGUAUGGCCAACGCUGGUCCCAAUACUAAUGGAAGCCAGUUCUUCAUUUGCACUGUCAAGACUCCAUGGUUAGACAACAAGCAUGUUGUGUUUGGACAAGUCAUUGAAGGUAUGAAGCUUGUUAGGACACUUGAAUCUCAGGAGACACGCGCCUUCGAUGUUCCCAAGAAAGGUUGCAGAAUCUAUGCCUGUGGAGAGCUCCCUCUGGAUGCUUGAUAACCACACUAUUGAGAUCAUUCCAGGGUCAUUGCCAUCUUUGUUUUGUUAUUAUGAGAGUUUCAAGUUAUGGUCUUUAUGUUUAUUUCUUUAUGAUUACAUGAGUUGAAAGUACAAUGUAAGAGUCUUAUUAAAGUUUAUUUAUCUUUUAAGCUUGAA